ACCCACCUGCCUCCUCGUCCUCGCCCUCCUCCUCCUCCUCGCUCCGCCCCCCCGUCGCGCCCUCACCUCGCCGCGACAACCGCUACCGCCGCCGCGCAAAACCCCGUCCCACUCCCCAGCGCCCCAACCCCCAUCCACCCCAACCAGAUCGAUCGGCGGCACCUUCUGCUCCCAAUCCCGCGGCAUCGCCCCUGAGUCUCCCACCGCUGAAGCCCACACCGAGUUCCUCCUCCUCCUCCUCGUCUGCCGCUGCCGUCGCCUCCCGCCGAAGGACGCAUGCUACGAGGCUCGGUUCUCGCGUACUUUCUCCGCUGAUCCCGUCUGCUGCUCCUGGACUGGCGCGGUCAUCCGGAAGGGACGCGAUCCCUUUUGCUGGCUACUGCAGUUUUUGAUACAUAUCCACCUUUCAAUGCAUCGUGUCGGGAGUGCCGGAAACACGGCCGGUUCAAGUCGACCGAGAAAGGAGAAGCGCUUCACAUAUGUGCUCAAUGAUGCUGAUAAUAAAAAGCAUUGUGCUGGAAUCAACUGCUUGUCGUACCUGAAUGCUUCUGCUUCUGGUACAAGUGAUUAUCUUUUUACUGGGAGUCGCGAUGGUACCUUGAAGAGAUGGGAAUACCAAAAUGGGGAUGCAAACUUUUCAGCAACCUUUGAGUCACAUGUUGAUUGGGUUAACGAUGCCAUUAUUGUUGGCCAAAAUCUUGUUUCCUGUUCCUCAGACACCACAUUAAAGGUGUGGAAUUGCUUAGCAGAUGGUGCUUGUACCAAGACUCUCCGCCAGCAUUCUGAUUAUGUGAUAUGUCUUGCUGCGGCUGAAAAGAAUAGCAAUAUUGUAGCCUCUGGUGGCCUUGGUGGUGAGGUCUUCAUAUGGGAUCUUGAUGCUGCUAUUGCACCUAUAGCCAAAUCUGUAGAUGCAAAAGAGGAUGAGGUUCCUAACGGAAACUCCGGACCUGCUUUGUCAACCUUGUGCAAUGUAAAUUCUAGUGGCAACAUUGUUUCUACCAACGGAAAAUCACAUGGGUACAGUCCAAUUGCUGCCAAAGGUCAUAAGGAUUCAGUUUAUGCAUUGGAUAUGAAUGAUACAGGGACAUUGCUUGUCUCUGGUGGUACUGAAAAGGUUGUUCGUGUUUGGGAUCCCAGGACAGGUUCUAAGAACAUGAAAUUGAGAGGGCACACUGACAAUAUCAGGGCUUUGCUUAUUGAUUCCACUGGAAGGUAUUGUCUAUCAGGCUCGUCUGACUCGAUGAUAAGACUAUGGGAUCUAGGACAGCAACGCUGUGUGCAUUCUUAUGCCGUUCACACUGAUUCGGUUUGGGCGCUCGCAAGCACCCCUUCAUUUGGUCAUGUUUAUAGUGGUGGAAGAGAUCAGUCCGUGUACCUGACAGACCUCUCCACACGAGAGAGUGUCUUACUAUGCACAAAUGAACACCCAAUCCUACAGUUGUCCUUGCAAGAUGAUACAAUAUGGGUUGCAACAACUGAUUCUUCUGUUUAUGGAUGGCCAGCUGAAGGGCAAACCCCACAGAAGGUUUUUCAAAAGGGUGGCUCAUUCUUAGCUGGGAAUUUGUCAUUCUCAAGAGCAAGAGCUUCUUUAGAAGGAUCAGCACCUGUGCCUGUAUACAAAGAGCCAUCUUUCACUAUUCCUGGAGUUCCAGCUAUAGUUCAACAUGAGAUCAUGAAUAAUAGAAGGCAUGUCCUGACAAAGGAUACUGUUGGUUCUGUCAAAUUAUGGGAGAUUACUCGAGGAGCUGUUAUCGAAGAUUUUGGCAAGGUUUCGUUUGAUGAUAAGAAAAAGGAGUUAUUUGAGAUGGUUAGUAUACCUGCAUGGUUCACCAUGGAUGCUCGAUUGGGGUGCCUGUCUGUUCACCUGGAUACUCCACAAUGCUUUUCUGCAGAAAUAUAUGCGGUUGAUUUGAAUGUUACUGGAGCACAGGAAGAUCUUAAGAUUAAUUUGGCUCAUGAGACUCUUCGUGGUUUGUUAGUUCAUUGGAGUAAACGAAGGCCGAAACUAGGCCAACACAGCUUGUCCAAUGGUGAUUCUUCAAUAGGGAAAGAUGUAUCAUUGAAAAACUUACCGCAUCCAAGAUCCGACGUCGACGAUGGAAGCGAAAACCAUGCAAAUAAUGUGCUUCCCUCGUUUGAGUUCUCCACGGUUUUGCCUCCAUCAAUUAUCACGGAAAGUUCUAGUGGAGGGCCUUGGAGAAAGAGAAUUACCGAUUUGGAUGGAACCGAGGAUGAUUUGCCAUGGUGGUGUGUGGACUGUGCUGAGAACGGCCGAUUUCCAAAAGAGAACACAAAGUGUGGCUUUUAUUUGCAUCCGGCCGAAGGCUCACCUGCACCAAACAUAACGCAAGGGAAACUCAGCGCUCCACGGAUAUUGCGAGUUCUCAAAGUUGCUAACUAUGUUGUUGAGAAGCUUGUUCUUGAGAAACCAUUGGAUGGAAGUCCGGACAGCACAUUUGCCAUGGGUUUGACCUCUGGCACAUCAGCCCUAGAUAGUUCUUCACGGCCUGGAUUAAAGCCAUGGCAAAAACUGAAACCUUCUGUUGAGAUAUUGUGCAACAACCAGGUUCUGUCACCUGAGAUGAGUUUGGCGACUGUGAGGACAUAUAUUUGGAAGAAGCCGGAGGAUUUGAUUCUUAAUUACAGAGUGGUCCAAUCAAGAUGAUUGCAACCUAAAAUACAUCCGUUCAUUUGGUUCACCAUAGGUGCUGAGCAUAUCUGCAUUGGAGACGGCAUCGUUGAAGAUAACCAUAUGACCUAUAGGAUGCAAGUGUUCCACUCUUGUGCUGCUCUUUGGUGCCGUUCCCAGAACUACAGCAACUUAAUUCCUCUGUAAAGUUUUUCUGUGAAUCUUGUAUCUCCAGGCUUCUAGUGAGGUUGUAUCAUAGCACAGGUGUAAUGAUCUGCUGGCUACCAGGCUUGUAUAUCUAGAGAUUUGGAUUUCUCAAUAAAGCUUCUAAUGGGUAAAA